GCGAACAAUAUUUUAAUAUUGCAUACGUAUGCACAAGGGAAAAUAUGAAUUUUGGUUACAAAUAUAUUAGUAAUUUUGGCCAUAUUGGUCGUUCAUUACGUACGAAAUCAGUUAUUUAUUUUUUUAUUCUGUUUACAAAGAAAAUAUAAAAAAUGGCAAUGGAAAAAGAAAAUGAAUUAAGUUUAAUUUUAAAUUUGAUUGAAAAUGCGGAAAAAAUGAAAUGUCUCUACGACAAAAGAUGUGGAAAGAAAUAAGCGAAUUCUGGGGAAGAAGUAUUAAGCGUAAAGUUCUUUGUUUGUUUUUGUUUUUUAAUUUUCUUGUUGGUAUUAAAGGAGCCGACUGCAAACAUAGAUGGAAACUGCUAAGAGAUCGGUUUCGCAAGGAGCUGAAAUGUAUGGAAGCGCCAUCAGGUAGUGGAAUGUCCUAUCUCCAGAAAUGGAGAUUCCUGCAGCCCAUGCUAUUUUUAAAAGAUUCUCUGGCGCAUCGUCGAACUCGUGAUAAUGCUUGCCAACAGCACAUUGAAACGAACUAGGAAUUAUCCAUGCUCAGUUCAGAAAGCUUGUUGGAACCUCUAACGUCCUCGCCAACUCUCGCUAGUCUGUGCCAGAAAUUUGGUGAUACCAUAGAGAGUAUCGGAAAGAGCUUAGCAGCAUCGCUUGAGCAAGAGACGCCAGACGAAGCCUUUAUGAAAGCAGUGGUAUAUUUAAUGAAGGACCUGCCAGUAAACAUAAAGGACGAAUUCCAAGAAGGUGACAUGCAGGACACCUUCUUGGAAAGAUUGCAGAAAUGUAAAAUAUUAAAUAGUUUUGUUUACAUUUUUAUAAAUAUAA